AUCGGAGUAAAAAGGCCUCCGAUCGCACAGUUGAAAAGUCACCGGUAGGAAAAAGUCUUGAAGACAUGGUAAUCACCGCACCUGAUUAAAAUCCUAUCCAUUACAGAGAAAUUAGUCAACUAUACUUCGCUGACCAACCAACAAACCAACCGAGGCAGCUAACGCCUGCUCUGCAGUCAGCCACUUGCCGGGCGGUCACACUCCCUCUCCAUGGUCCUUCUCAAAUCCCUUCCUUUUCUGCUUUUCUAAUGCCAAUGAACGCUUCACUUUAUGGGUACCAAAUCUCUCAAUAAGAGGUCUAGCAAGAGCAAGCGAUCUAUCUCCAAGCCAGACAUAAUCAUGCCUCCUUCUCAAACUUCUCGUUUCACUUUCGUGAAAGUGCCCCUGUUUGUUUUAUUAGUUAUGGCCCUCAGCGUUAUCGCUCUAUUGGGCCUUUCAUCGAUCAUGUGGAGCGCUCUAACGUCCACUUAUCACUCCCCUAAAUUAUAUACAAUUCAAGUGCUCAAUGAGUUCCCUCACGACCCCAACGCCUUCACUCAGGGUCUGCUUUAUGCAGGAAAUGAUACAAUAUUUGAGUCAACGGGCCUUUAUGGCCAGUCAUCAGUUCGGAGGGUUGCUCUUCAAUCUGGGAAGGUUGAGGUUCUUCAGGAGAUGAAUGGUUCUUAUUUUGGGGAAGGUUUAACUCUUCUUGGUGAAAGGCUGUUCCAAGUAACUUGGUUGACAAAAACUGGUUUCAUAUAUGACCGAAACGAUUUAAGCAAAAUUGAGAAAUUUACUCAUCAGAUGCAUGAUGGAUGGGGACUGGCAACUGAUGGAAAAAUUUUGUUUGGCAGUGAUGGAACUUCAACAUUAUAUCAGAUUGACCCUCAAACAUUGAAAGUAAUUACGAAACAUACUGUCAAAUAUGAAAAUCAUGAAGUACGCUACCUCAAUGAACUAGAAUUUGUAAAUGGCGAAGUUUGGGCGAAUGUUUGGCAGACUGAUUGCAUUGCAAGGAUCUCACACAAAGAUGGCACUGUGGUUGGAUGGAUUCUUCUUGAUAAUUUAAGGAAGGGAUUGGUAGCAGCUGGGCAAAGAGGCAUUGAUGUUUUAAAUGGUAUUGCAUGGGAUAGCAAUGACAACCGUCUUUUUGUUACUGGAAAAUUGUGGCCAAAGCUUUAUGAAAUCAAAUUGCAACUGAUAAAGAAACCUUUUGAUAAUGGAGUGAUUAAACGGUUUUGCUUACCGUAAUAAGCCAUGCCCAGGAACUUUUUGACAUGCCUGAGCCUGACAUGAAUUCUGAGCUAAGUGUUAAAAAGGACUCAGAGUCACAGGGGAUUUUUGACAUCCUUUUGCGUGGAUGAUAAGCUUGCACUUGCGAGGUUAGGCUGCUACACAGGAGAGAUAAUUGGAUUGAAGAAUGACAAUCACUUGAUUCUUCGGGGGCUUAGUUCUUGUAAGAUUAUUAAAAUGUACGAUUGACUUAUUUCAAAAAAAAGAAAAAAGUGCAAUUGACUUGCGUUGAGAACUUA